AUGAACACGCUGGCCAACCACGGCUACCUCCCUCACGAUGGGAGAAACAUCACCUUGAACAAUGCCAUCUUCGCGCUUAGCACAGCCUUGAACUUUGAUCCCGCGCUGGCCACAACCAUGUGGGAGCAUGCCAUCGUUGCCAACCCGGAGCCCAAUGCUACAUUCUUUACUUUGGAAAACUUGAACCGACACAACGUCCUCGAGCACGAUGCCAGCAUGAGUCGCUCAGACGCCCACUUCGGCAACAACCACAUCUUCAACCAGACCAUCUUCAACACGACACGGCGGUUCUGGACCGCCGAGACCCUGACCCCUGCCAUGCUGGCUAAUGGUAAGCUGGCGCGCCAGAUCGAGUCCAGGGCCUUUAACCCAGAUUACACGUUCACCGCUGUCAACGAGCAGUUCAGCCUCGGCGAGGUCGCCGCGCCGGUGAUUGUGUUUGGGGACAUGGAGGCUGGAACUGUCGAUCGAGAUUUAGUUGAGUUCUUCUUCGAGGUUGCUCAUGGCGGAACAGAGAAUGAACGGCUCCCUACUGAGCUUGGGUGGACGAAGAAGGUCGACCCGGUAAUUGAAAACGAUGUUUUGGGGGUGAGCAAGAUGAUCAGUGAAGCUACAAGCCUGCUCACGGGCUCUGAGAAUGGUGUGAAGGUCAUGAGGCAAGAUCUACAUUCUGGCAUCAAAGGUUUCAAACACGUCUAUAGCGGAAAUAUCAGAACCUUCACCACAAUCUGGCACAUGAACGUGACCGAAUUCGACCGGUUCCAUGAUGUUCUCAUGCUCAUUGGACCUUCUUAUUGUCGUGAUUUGACUCCUAUCAUUAUCGGUUACCGGUUUGGUUACGAUUUCGCCUCGUUGUGGCAGCAGAGUUGUCUUCAGCUCUUCGAAGGGUGGACACGCCCGCAAGGCUGGACAGCUUCUAGUGGUUGCUGCGUCAUAUAA